AUGGAAAGAACCAGAAAUCCUAGACAACCGAUACCGAAUCUUCCAGCAAAUAUGGGAGACAGAAGAAGUGGAAUGAAGAAACUACAGGGGCGUGUCGUCGCUCCCAGUCAUACUGAAAGAAGAAUAUUACGGAUAAUCAUAGGCCCAAUCCAGAUCGAAGACGGCUGGAAACUUUGGAGCAACGCUGAAAUUUACAAAAAUGCCGAGAAUCACGGAUGCCAUGAGGACAAGGAGGUUAUCACUUCUAUAAAAUGA